UCUGAACCAAGCUCAACUCCCUGCAUUGAGCGACAAAAAGUGCUCGCGUAUCUACGGUGAGAGGGGUGUGAAAUUGACCAAGAACAUGUUCUGUGCUGGAGAGACUGGAGACCCGCCUGUGCCUGACGCCUGUUCCGCCGACAGCGGCGGUCCUCUUGCAUGUCGUUAUAAGAACAGGUGGAUAUUGUAUGGAGUAACAUCUCUUGGUCUAAAUGGUCCUGACCGUCUAUACAGUGUUCAGUCUCAACUGCCGCCAGCUUUCGUAAUGCCACUGAAGGAAAUAAUUGCAGACGAGGAAAAUGUUAGAGAAGAGCAAGAGACAAGACAGCUAAGAUGCGGCAACGGACCUGGAAUCUACACUGACGUGGCGAAAUUUAAGAAGUGGAUCGAGAGAACGAUAAGAACCAACUAAUUUAUAUCCUGUUGAAUUACACAGUAGCUAACGUCUAUUCAAAGCAUUACACGUAUUUCAUCAACAUUAAGCACACGUGAACUAACCCAUACAUCUGUACCUUAUGGCUGACAUUUGAAAAACGUCUAUGAAUUGAAUUCAUUUUAUUGCAUUUCUUUCUAUAUGGAAAUAUUCGGGAUUCAAAAAAACUCAAUUAUGUUGAAUGCGUUACAAACGAGUAUUUAGCAGUGUCCAUGGGGGCUACUGUAACAAGCAUCAUUUACGAUGUGCAUAGAAAACUCGACUGAUUCAUUGUGUAGUCUCCCAGUAAAAAAUAUCGAAAGACAAUUAAAAAUCUAUCUCUUAAUCCGUCGAUUUGAAGCGGGCUUAAUUUUUUUAAUGUGCCACUGCCAU